AUGAUUAAUCUGCUUCACGAAGUUUGGUUUGGAUAUGACAAAUUGUUUCCAUCCCUUCCUAGAGUUCCAAAAAUUGCUCCUUUACAACACUCUCGGAGGGCUCCAUCAAAAACUAAGAGACCUGUUUCACAAGUUAAUUCCUAUGCUAGUGUAUUUAAAGGUUCGCCCACUAUGAACUGUGAUAAAGCUCAUGCUGAUGAGAUUCUAGAUCUUCCAUAUGGGGAUUUUAUUGUAGAGAAGAGGAAACAUGCAUGUUUUGUCAAAGUUAGCGAUUACUCCACUCUGCCUAAUAUUCAUAUGCUUUGCUAUGAUAAAGGAUUCUAUGAUUUUGAUAUCCGUUAUGUUCGUGGGUAUUGGGUCAUGCUAGAAUUUAAAGGAAGAGAGGUGUGUACAAACUUUAUGAUUAGUGAUUCUGUGAGUCAUUGGCUUGCGGAAAAACGAGAAUAA